AUGGCUGAUGAAAAUGCACCAGACGCGGCAGCGGACGAAACACCAGCGCCGCAACCUUCCCCAUUGCCGCCUCCAUCUGAUGUAACCAUUCCGAAAGAAGAGCAAUAUUAUACACCGAUUUUCAUCAUAACUGCAACUUUUGGUGCUUUGUUUAUAAUACUGCCAUUAAUUGUACGAAAAGGACCUUAUAAAGGACUCCUUAGAUGCUGUAUUAUGCUGUCGCUCUUUUGCAUGUGGAUUUUUUGGGUGACCAUUUAUAUAUCACAAAUGAAUCCUCUAUUGGGACCACGCAUGCGCAACACUACCGUCGCCUGGUUGGCGCAUAAAAUAGUAAGAAAACUCCAUAUUAUCUACCUUCUUUUUUCAAGUGAGAAAACUCGUAAGUAUUAG